ACUUCCCCAAAAACUCCGAGCUCGUUGUUGCUUUCGAAGCAGAAAACAUCAAUCAGUGAUGCCGUCAAUCGCUCUAACGCUAUUGCUUGUUACCUCAGCCGCAGUAGUAGGCCAGGCCCGGGGCGCUGUCGACGAAUGGUCCAAAAUGAAGGAUGUCGAAUCGCGGAUGGACUUUGUGUACGAUACUCUGGCCGAGCUGAUCCACGAGAAAGUGGCUACCAUUAAGGAAUCGAUCUGUAUCGUUCCGAUCGUUGAUCGGCCGGUUUGCGGUAACGAUGGGCGCACCUACACCAACCGGCAGCUGCUGCAGUGUACGGCGCAGGCUGACGGAACCGGUACGUCGAAGUUGCAGAUGACGAAGGAGGAGAAGUGUUAAGGAUAGCCGUGUUUUUAGCAUUUUUCAUGCGAAAAUCGGAAUGAAUUUUGUGUUAGGUUAUUGCAAUUAAAAGUGUGGAUGUGUUUUUCUUUGAAAGGGAUUUAAUAAUUACG